AUGAAGCAGGUGAUUCUCGUUUGUGGGGUUCACGAAUUCUACAAUGUAACAAUCAAAGCAGAUUUGAUGAUUGCAUUGAAAUGGUAUAUGAGGAUUACAGGCUGGAUAACAAGGGUUACAGGUCGACUUUGUGUUGAAGUGAAGAAGAAAAUACAGACUGAUUUGAAUCACAAAGAUUCUGAUGAUGAGAAUUUUACCCUGUAUGGAAUUCCACCAGAAGAAGAGGAUCAUAAAUUGCCAAUGAAGAAAAGGAGUUCAUCUUUUUAUAUUGAAGAAAAUAAGGAACCAGUUGAUGUCUCAAAGGUAGACUUGUCUUCUGUUAAUUUGGCUGUUGGGCAAAUGUAUGAUACAAAGGAGCACCUAAAAACACGUUUGAAGAUACUAACCUUGGUUCAAAGGUUUGAUUAUUAUGUUUACAAAUCGAGACCAACCUUAUUGAUUGUAAAGUGUUGGGUUAAAGGAUGCAAGUGGAGGGUAACAGCUGCAACAUUAAGACACUUUCCAAAGUUUGAGGUGCGUGUGUUUAUUUCAGCACAUACAUGUUCAGUAACAGAGCGCUCUAUGCGUGCCCGACAAGCAGAUCAUCAUAUUCUAGGAGAGUUGUACAAAGAUUUUGUUGGUGGAGUUGGUCCCAAGAUGGAUUAUUGGAAAGCAUAUCGAACGUUAAGGGAUGCUCGCGAGUUUGUCAGGGGUAGUCCAGAGAGUGGUUAUGAGCAGCUUCCUACAUAUUUGUAUAUGAUAAAAAGGGCAAAUCAUGGAACUUUUACACAGCUCGAUAUUGAUGAGCUCAAAGAUGGAAAAUACUUAGGGACACCACUGACAGCGACAACUCAAGAUGGCAAUUUUCAGAUUUUUCCAAUUGCUUUCGCCGUGGUUGAUACAGAGAAUGAUGAAUCAUGGGAAUGGUUUUUCAAGAAACUCAGCUGUGUGAUACCUGAUGAUGACAGCCUUUCCAUUAUUUCUGAUAGGCACAAAUCAAUUGGGAAAGCUAUUAAAAAGGUUUAUCCGAAGUCUAGUAGGGGAAUAUGCACAUACCAUAUGUACAAGAAUAUUUUGGUUCGGUUUAAAGGUCGAGCAGAAUUUGCUUUGGUUAAAAAGGCGGCAAAUGCUUUUAGACUUAUCGACUUUCAAACCACAUUUGAUCAGAUAGAAGCCAUGAAUCCAGCACUACAUGAGUACCUCGUAAGGGUGAUGUGCGUAUGUGGACUCGUGUACAUUUCCCUGGUGAUAGGUACAACUUGCUUACAAGCAACAUUGCAGAAUCAAUGA